CUGCCGGCCCGGCCCGUCCCGACCCGAGCGGACCCGGCGCGGCUCGGCCGCGGAAGGAGAACGCGAAGGAGGAGGAAAAGGAGGAGGGAAAAGCAGAAGGAGGCGGCCGCUCUGCCUCCCUCCCUCCUUCCCUCCCUCCCUCCCUCUCCGGCGGGACAAAGGGCUGCGGCUCGCAGGAGCCAUGGGCCGGUAGGAGCAUCCCGGAGGGACGCGGCGCUGGACAUGGAGCCGGCGGCGCGGGCGAGCGGGGACAUCCUGAGGCGGAACCCGCAGCAGGACUACGAGCUGAUCCAGCGGGUCGGGAGCGGCACCUACGGCGACGUGUACAAGGCUAGAAAUCUUCAUACAGGAGAACUGGCUGCUGUAAAAAUAAUCAAGUUAGAGCCUGGGGAUGACUUUUCACUGAUACAGCAAGAAAUAUAUAUGGUCAAGGAAUGCAAACAUUGCAACAUAGUCGCCUAUUUCGGGAGCUAUCUCAGCCGUGAGAAGCUGUGGAUAUGCAUGGAAUACUGCGGUGGGGGAUCCCUCCAGGAUAUUUACCACGUGACAGGACCUCUGUCAGAGUUACAAAUUGCAUAUGUGUGCAGAGAAACUUUACAGGGUCUUGCUUAUUUGCAUAUGAAGGGCAAAAUGCACAGAGACAUAAAGGGUGCAAAUAUUCUCCUGACAGACCAUGGGGAUGUCAAAUUAGCUGACUUUGGGGUAGCAGCAAAAAUAACAGCCACCAUUGCGAAGAGGAAAUCCUUUAUUGGCACCCCUUACUGGAUGGCCCCCGAGGUGGCAGCAGUGGAGAAGAACGGGGGGUACAACCAGCUGUGCGACAUCUGGGCUGUGGGGAUCACGGCCAUCGAGCUGGCAGAGCUCCAGCCACCCAUGUUCGACCUCCACCCCAUGAGGGCUCUGUUUUUAAUGUCAAAAAGUAAUUUUCAGCCGCCAAAGCUAAAGGAAAAAGCAAAAUGGUCAGCAACAUUCCAUAAUUUUGUCAAAAUAGCACUUACAAAAAAUCCAAAGAAGAGGCCAACAGCAGACAGACUCCUCUCUCAUAGCUUUGUGGGGCAGCCUGGUCUGUCAAGGUCUUUGGCAGUUGAGCUGCUGGACAAAGUCAACAACCCCGACAACCACACACACUACAGCGAAGUCGACGAUGAUGAUUUUGAGCCUCACUCCGUCAUCCGCCACACCAUCCGCUCCACCAACAGGAACAUCAGGGCAGAGAGAACAGCGUCAGAGAUAAACUUUGAUAAGCUGCAAUUUGAGCCCCCUCUUCGGAAAGAAACAGAAGCUCGGGAUGAAAUGGUUGUGGCAGCUGGCAGUGACUUUGCUUCACACUGGAAUCCUUUUGUUGAUGGUGGAAGCAGCAAGGGACUGCUCACAAAAUUUGGCGAUGGGAGUGAAGAUGUUGAAGAGUCGACACUAAAGCGAGCGGGGCCACCUCCGCUGCCUCCCAAGCCAAGAAUAAACAGUUAUCCCGAGGAAAACCUCCCGGAUGAUGAGAGAUGCCAGACAAUAAAACAUUUCCCAGACUCACAGAACAGAGCCCCACCAGCCCACAGGAGACAGAGUAUCCCAGUUUGUGGGCCUCAGGCUGAUUCCAGCCCCAUUGGAAUGACCAGCAGCAUCAGCAGCCCUGGAUUGCUCACAGCCAGAUACAGCGACCUGGGCAAUGGGAAUGGGAUGCUGAAACUCAUCGAGGAAAACGUGGAAGGAUCCGGACAAAUCCCUCAGCUCCCACGGAAAAAGGAGAAAAGAGAUUUCCCUAAACCAGCCAUCAAUGGUUUGCCUCCGACCCCGAAGGUGCUGAUGGGAGCCUGUUUUUCCAAAGUCUUCGAUGGUUGUCCUUUGAAGAUCAACUGUGCAACAUCGUGGAUACAUCCAGAUACUAAAGACCAGUACAUCAUCUUUGGCACAGAAGAAGGGAUCUAUACUUUGAAUUUGAAUGAACUUCACGAGGCAACAAUGGAACAGUUAUUUCCCCGAAAAUGCACCUGGCUGUAUGUUAUCAACAACACCUUGAUGUCCUUGUCAGAAGGGAAAACGUUCCAGCUCUACUCCCAUAAUUUAAUAGCUUUGUUUGAACAAGCCAAAAAAACAGGAUUAGCUGCUCAUAUUCAAACCCACAGAUUUCCUGACAAAAUAUUACCAAGGAAAUUUGCCUUAACGACCAAGAUCCCUGACACAAAAGGAUGCCACAAAUGCUGUAUAGUACGAAAUCCAUACACAGGCCAUAAGUACCUUUGUGGUGCGUUGCAGUCUGGAAUUGUUCUACUCCAGUGGUAUGAGCCAAUGCAGAAAUUCAUGUUAAUAAAGCACUUUGAUUUCCCCCUGCCAAGCCCCCUGAAUGUGUUUGAGAUGCUGGUGAUCCCGGAGCAGGAGUAUCCCAUGGUGUGUGUGGCCAUCAGCAAGGGCUCGGAGCCAAACCAGGUCGUGCAGUUUGAGACAAUCAACCUGAACUCGGCGUCCUCGUGGUUCACGGAGAUCGGGGCAGGCAAUCAGCAGUUGGAUGCCAUUCACGUGACACAGCUGGAAAGGGACACUGUCCUGGUCUGCCUGGACAAAUUUGUGAAAAUAGUGAAUUUACAAGGGAAACUGAAGUCAAGCAAGAAAUUGGCCUCUGAGCUGAGCUUUGAUUUCUGCAUCGAGUCAGUGGUGUGCCUUCAGGACAGCGUGCUGGCCUUCUGGAAACAUGGAAUGCAGGGCAAGAGCUUUAAGUCAGAUGAAGUGACCCAGGAGAUAUCCGAUGAAACCAGGGUUUUCCGCUUGCUGGGGUCAGACAGAGUGGUUGUGUUGGAGAGCAGGCCCACGGAGAACCCUCAGGCUCACAGCAACCUCUACAUCCUGGCUGGACACGAAAACAGUUACUGAGCAACACCCACCCAACCCAAAUAACGGAGGGAAUUUGCCUCAGGAGGAACAAAGGAGUGUUAGGAAACUGGAACUUGCCGUUUCUUUCCUUGACACCGAAGUCGUGCUGGUUUUUAGGGUGGGAAUCAAUCCAUUUUUGCAGCUGGGAACAGCUGGUUCUGUCUCUUGCCACUGUGUGGUUGGUUAUAUGGAGUUUGCUUAAUAAAAGCUGAGAUAAAGAGCCCUUUACUCGUUAGUUGUAGGGAAACAGAGCCUUGAAACAUGUUAUGCAGUAAAGGUGCCAUAAACUGUUAAAUAUUUUUCUUCCCUUGGAUUUUCCUGUUAGUCUGUAGAUAUAGAUCUAGUGCUGGCUGUUGCCCUGUUUUAUACUGAGUCUUAUUCUUAAUAAAACAAAGAUUUGUGUAGGAAGUGGAAGUAUCUGCAAAGCUUUUUGGUUUGAAAUCUGCCAUUGGGUAUGGCUUUGUAUAAUAGACUAUUUAAUCCUUAUUUAUUAAUCUGCUGCUAGGAUGGGGUAAUGUCUCUAACUUUUAGCAAAGGAAGGUUGCAGAGCAGCUUACUUUUUUUUUUUUUUUUUUUUUUUUUUUUUACAAUUGUAUAAAGAUUUGAUUAUUCCUUUUCCUUGUAGGGAUGUAGUGCAUUACUGAAGGGUGUGUUACCAUGUCGGGUGAUCUUGUAAAAAAAAAAAGAAAAAUGCGGUUUUUGUACAACAAAGUAUUUUGUACUGAUUUUUCUGCCUGCAGAAUUGCCAUAAAAGGGAUUUUUCUUACUUCCUAGAGGUAGGGUGUGUGUACACAAAGUAGAAUAUUGAUAUCAGUCUUGUUGCUCCUGGGUGGGUGUGUACAAUAUCCAUGUGUGUGUGUGUGUGCAUGUGUGUGAAGUUGACUGGCAGUGUGUAUUUUUUAUAUAUAUAUAUUUAUAUAUAUAUAAAAAUGUACAAAAUAUAUAUGCUUUAUUUUCAUAAAUUAGGGAUAAGCCUUGUGAGGUGACAUGGAAAUUGCACCUGGUCAUAAUCCUUAAUGAAUGAAAGUAUCAUGUAUCCGACUGCCCAUGACGUAUAGUUUAUUUAUGCUAUUCCAGAGGGGAGCCCAUAGGGAUAACUGAGGCUGUGCAGCAUUCCAGCUGCUGCCAGACACUGGUUUGGGAAUGGUUAUCUCCCCAGCUGGGUAGUAUGAAUAAACAUGAUUAAGAACCAGUAUUCUAUAUCCAAGCUUUGAUCACUUUUUCCCUCUUUUGUCACUGGCAUUUUUUAACUUUCCCUUUUUCUUCCUCCAUUGAAGAGUCACGUCGGUUCCUUUUGUCUUCCUCAUUAAUUAAAAUUCUUGAGGUACCAUUAAAUAUAGACUGACUACAGGAGAGCAUCUGGUUUUACUACCUCACAUUACCCUGCUGGCUUUGAUGUGAACACAGUCCGUGGGCAGGUGCAGUAGCAGCUGAUAAACAUUUAAAUUGAAGGUUGUGGGUUUUUUUUUAAUGAAACGCUGCAGCAAACUGCUGCCUGUUCAGCUCCAGAGAUCUGCUGCCUAGGAAGGACAGGCUGGAAUUCACAGGUUGUUUUAACAGAGCAGUAAAGGUGUGUGACAGCUUGGAGUGGUUUGGGUGCUGGAUUGUCUGUGUUGGCAUCAGGUUACGUGAUCCAUAAUUUAACAUUGGGGGAAUUGUCUUGGCUCAGCGAUGUUUUCUUGUUGCUGGAGACAGCCAGAGGUUUGUGUUUGGCAGGUCUGGAAGGGAAAACAGCCCUGCACACAUUUUAGCCACUGUCAUUCAAAACUAAAUUCUUGUUGACUUGACAUCAAGUCAAGCUUUUCAGUUCUGACACUGUGUCAAAGCUUCAGAAACAGUAAGUGUACAGAUAAAACUUUAGAAUCACACCACGGAUUAUGGAAAAUGUGGUUUAAGGGUGGUCAGCUGGAAUUGGAUCAGGGCUAUUAAAAGCAGGACAUGUAAUUUUUAAUUCUGUUAAAGAAGUCGAGUUCUCUAGUACUGAAAUUACUUCACAGGUAACAGUGACUGGUGAUUAACCUCAAAUGGUGCAACUGCUGGUCUACAGAGACUUUAAAACAAAAAUUAAGACAAAGUGAAGCACCAGGUGUAGAUAUUGUAGAGCAAACAUUUUUUUAAUUUACCUCAUUCACUGCAGAAGGUAAUUUUGGCUUCAUCUUUGAAAACACUUAAAGGAGAUCUCUAAAAGACUAGAGAAACCUGUAAAUAAAAUCUGAAUAUUUAUGGGGAAUAACUGGAGUAAAUAACUCUUAGGUCAUGACACUGUCAUGCAGAAAUAACGAGCUGAAAGUAUUUUUCUUUGAAUGACACAAAUGGCUUUGGUUUGCUGGAUCAUAAUAAACUUAGGAAAGUCCUUGUUUAAUCAAAUCUUUUUUAGCUGUUGAAGCAUUUCUAAUGGCAUGUUGUGAAAUGCUUUAUACUGGUUUUACAGACAGUGGCAUUUUUGGCAUGAUCUUCCCAGUGUAAAACCUCACUUGUAUUCCUUAUCACACAAGGGAUUGGUGUGCUCCACAGCCAACCCGGCCAGUCUUGGUGACUCUGAUUAGUAUAAUUUGCAUUAGACUGUUUAAUUUAGUCUGUUAUUGUCUGUAUCUUUGUUUUUGUGACAUUUCAACCAGGGCUGGGAAAGCCUGGUGUGGGGGGAUUUGGGGUUUAUGAAGCAAAAACUUGCCCAGCCCCUCGUUCCUCUUCCGGCAGUUAUCAAAGUUACUGGAUGCACGAGGUCAUGUGUCCAACUUGAAAGCCUUAAAACAGGCUCCCAGUGCUCUUGGAAGUACUCUUGGAAGUACAAACACUAUGUGAAGAGCAAGCAGCCUGUGGAUUAAUCUCUUUGGAUUUCCUAACCGAAUUCCUUGUAACUGAAAAAUACACCUGGAAUUGUGCUGCCAUCUCUUUAAGAGAAGAAAGGUACAAUGCAUCAGUGAGCCACGGUGUCUCUGGAUGAAAAGGACAAGACUGGGAGACUCUGAAAUGUGCUUUUUUUUUUUAUCUUGUUUAGUCGUUAGGUGUAACUGAGACUCUUAACUGCACUCGUUCAGUUUGUGUAACCAGGCUUUGUUCCACGGGAAUUUCUGUUGCAGUUCAGUCUAUGCCAAAUAAACUGCUUUGUUUGAUACGGA